ACAAUCUUCUGAUCACCCACUUGACCACUGAAACUAUCACUCUCUUCUUCUUCUUCUUCUUCUUGCUCACUUCAUUAGAUUACUCUAAUUAUAGUAAAAACCGAAGAAAGAAAUGGUAAACUCACUUGUACAAUCUGUAUAUACACCAUCCUUCCAAUCCAAUAAUUAUAAUAACACAAAAAUAAUAAAUCCAACAUCUUUACUACCCAAAUCACUCUUUCCCACUUUUGAUACUAAUGGCAACCACCCAACAAAGACCCUUAAAAGGUUUCUUUAUCUAACCAAAAGAUCUUUUGCUACUAGAAAAACGGUCACAACAACUAAUGCUUCUUUGCUUGAAACUCCUGUUUUAUGGGCUGGUAGGCUUUGCAUCUUCUAUGCUCUCUUAAAGUCUGGUUUGGCUGGAUCAAAGACUAACCCACUUGUUUCAGGUUUGGAUGGCGAUGGUGAGUCUGCUGUUGAAUCUGGUGAUUUGGGUUUCUCUAAGUGGCUUGAGAACAUACAAGGGAAGCCAGACAAGGAAGCAGCUGACAGAAGGAAAUUGGUGAGCAAAUGGCACCCCACCACAAAGGGAACACUUAGAAGGAACUAUAGGGUGCCUUCAAAAUCUGAAGGAAGGCGCCUUCUUAAAGCAAUUGCAUCACUACUAUCCGAUGAUGAUCACUUUAUAGAAGCCACUUCCCACAAGGGUUGUCAAAUUAGGAGGGAGAGUGCUCAUGGUGAAAGUGUUUGCUGCAACAAUGUAAGGGCUCUCUUUGAUGAACUGCCAACUCCACACCUGGUGGUGGAAAUCACAGCUUUUCCAGCUGGUCCCCUUACAGAAAAAGACUAUGUCAAGGCUGAGAAAUUAGAAAGAGUGCUUAGAUCCGGUCCUUCAAUCUGAAGUACUAUUAAGAAUCUUUUGUAUGUGUCUAAACCUCCAUUUGUACAUACGAGAACAGUGAAUGGAGACUUAUGCUUUUGACCUCUUAUAACCAACCUUUUUUUUACCUGUUUUAACUUUUGGAAGGAGACUUAGAUGUUCAUUUAUAUCAGAUUUAGCUGCUUGCUUUUGCUUCA